UUUAGAAGCAAUAAUUUGUUAAAUAUGGAUUCCUACUUAAUGGAAAUUAAACAACUGCGUAUCCCUCGCCCGAAAUAUGAACCCAACAGUAGUCCACCAAAUAGUUGGCAUCGUUUUUCACGUCCAUUCACACCUCCACGUGAUUAUAAUGAUUAUAAUUUACCUACAAAUGAAAUGGGGAUAGCUGCCGCACUACAAAGGAAGUUUUCAUCCGGUAGCAGUGAAGAUUUUCGAUCGUCCUUACAUAAUAAAAUGUAAUACGAUAAGACGCGAUUUCUAAGGGUUAACUA